AGACAGUGUAGUUAGCUCACAAUUCAAGUAAAAUUGAUAAUGGCAAAGACCAAAACUUGGUGUACAAUCAUCAUUCUCUUCACACUACUAUUACUAACACAAAUUUCCCUAUCAAAUUCUUCAUUAACGCCGCCCCCAUUGCCCAUCCUUCCCCUCCCAACUUUUUCUCAACUGAAAUGGCAACAGAGGGAAGUCAUCAUGUUCCUUCACUUCGGCGUCAACACUUUCACAGACCGGGAAUGGGGCACCGGCGACGAGAAUCCCGCCAUCUUCAACCCAACCUCUUUAAACGCUAACCAAUGGGUGGACACGGCGGUCCAGGCCGGAAUUUCUCUCAUGAUACUCACCGCUAAACAUCACGACGGGUUUUGCCUCUGGCCGUCCAAAUACACCGAUCAUUCCGUCAUCGGAAGCCCGUGGAAGAACGGCAAGGGUGACGUCGUUCGGGAGCUUGUUAACGCCGCUAAUUCUCGCGGUGUCAAUAUCGGCUUGUACCUUUCCCCUUGGGAUCGCCAUGAUCAUAGAUAUGGGCGGACAAAGGAGUACAAUGAAUAUUACUUGGCUCAAUUACAAGAACUUCUCAAAAAUUAUGGGAGUGUUAGAGAAAUAUGGUUUGAUGGAGCAAAGGGCGCAAAUGCACCAAACAUGACUUACUACUUCAACAAUUGGUUUGAAAUGGUGAAUGAGUUGCAGGGGACAAUCAACAUAUUUUCCGACGCCGGUCCGGGCGUGAGAUGGGUCGGAAAUGAGAAAGGGUUCGCCGGAACCACUUGCUGGUCCAGUAUCAAUCGGACAUCACUUUCAAUUGGCAAUGGCAGCUUAGUUAAUUAUCUUAACACCGGAGACUCGAAAGGGACGGAUUGGCUACCGCCGGAAUGUGACGUCUCAAUCCGAGAAGGAUGGUUUUGGCAUAAAUCACAAGCACCAAAGACGCUUACAGAGCUACUCGAAAUUUACUACAAUUCAGUAGGACGGAAUUGCCUGUUACUGCUAAACGUACCGCCUAAUACAAAAGGAUUGAUAUCAGAUAGUGACGUGACAAGAUUAAAGGAAUUUAGAAGUGCCCUUGAGACAAUAUUCUCAACAAAUUUGGCUCAAAAAUGUUCAAUAAAAGUAAGUAGCCAAAGGGGAGGUGAAGGUGGUGGGUUUGGACCUGAAAACAUGAUAGACGGUGAUCAUUUAUGGACGUAUUGGGCACCGUUGGAUGAAUACACGGGACACCAUUGGAUCAAACUGACGGCGUUCAAACAAAAACUGAAAUUCAACGUGGUUCGUAUUCAAGAAGCAAUCGGAUUAGGACAGAGAAUAAAACGACACGAAGUUUACGUUGACGGAGUUAAGGUUGCAAACGGCACCACCGUGGGGUACAAAAAGCUUCAUAGGCUUGAAAAGGGUGUCGUGGAAGGGUACAGUGUGAAGAUCAAAAUAAUUGGGUCACGGGCAUCACCUUUAAUCUCGUCAAUAGGUCUCCAUUUUGAUCCCUUUUGGCACCCAUAGUGAUAGUGAGCUAGCAUUGUCUAUCUCUUUCUUCCUGUUUUGUCUUUGUGUUCCAGAAAAUUGAUAAGUCAAUAAACAGCGACAAAAAGGCUAGCAUGCCAUAAAAGUUGAACCUUUUAUUCUCAUCUCUACACCCCUAAUAAUAGACUUUGUAAAGAUUUCAACUUU